AUGGACAUUCGAAAUCUACUAAACGACCCUGUAAUCGAAGAAAAGCCCUUCAGCUGUACCUGGGCCGAAUGUUCGAAGUCGUUUUCUCGUCGUUCCGAUCUCUCAAGACACAUCCGCAUUCACACCGGAGAACGUCCUUAUCAUUGCAAGUGGCCAACAUGUGGAAAGCAGUUUAUCCAGAGAUCAGCAUUGACAGUUCACUAUCGUACUCAUACUGGAGAGCGCCCUCAUGUUUGUGAAUAUCCAAUGUGCGGCAAAUCAUUCAGCGAUAGCUCCUCUUUGGCCAGGCAUCGCCGUACUCAUACGGGUAAAAGACCGUACGUGUGUUUAUUCAUGGAUUGCGGCAAAUCAUUCACUCGUAAAACCACCUUGUCAAGACAUCAAAGAUGUCAUGAUCCGAAAUGGAAGUCCUACGAUAUGAACGCUGCAUCAACAGCUAAAAUGCCCUCUACUACCACUGCUACCGCUCCUACUACUAUCACUACUACCUUGGCAGUAAUAGGACAGCAAUCUCCGCUUAGUUCUCCCACUUCGAGUAGCUAUGAUUCUGAUGUAGAGUCUCCAUUACCAUCACCCACCGAGAGCUUUCAACAAACAAGAAGCGGCAGCCAUGAUUUUAUCAUGUACAAGCCUUUUCCUCCUGCUAAUUCAGCAUGUAUGAUGGCAGAUAAACCAAUCUAUCGUAUUCCUGAUUAUACCCAGCAAUCUACUCCUGCUUACUUUCAUCAAGAGCAAUCUUAUAGAUAUAGUAGCAGCAAUAGAAACAGUAUAAAUCAUCAAUACAUUUUGUAA